ACACACAUACACACAAGCCAAACCUGUACAUCAUUAGCGUCUGACUCUGCCAAGCCGGUUUGAGUGGUAUGGGAAUGUGUGACAUGCACGCGCGAAAACAGCUUGGCUUGGACCGGUAGAGCGCGUUACUCUUCAGAAGACGACAGAGAAAGAGACACGGGCCAACUUCGUGUUGAAACACGCAGUCUCUCGUCAGCUGAGCAGUGUGUAGUCACACACACACGCACGUGUGCUACAGCUGAUGCGAGCAUGCAUGUGCAGGGAGCUGACACAUCAAGGAGGGCUCUUGUGGUGCUGCUACUGCUGGCCUCUGUCGCGGGUUUAAAGAAUGAGCCUCCAGGUUCCCUGCACCAGGAGAAUGCCCCCUUGUCCAGCUAUAGUAACCCUGCAGGAUCCGAUCAGUCGACGGGCGACACCAUGUACAUCACCAUCGAGGAGAAUGACCCAGGGCCAGUUCCCCAAAGUUCUCGAGACGAUCGGAGUGGAGGAGAGCGACCUCCUGCUGUGGCUGGAGGGGGCCGGGGCAGACCAACCCCCCAAAGACCUCUUCGUGCUGGACGGGCCGAGUGGUCACCUGAGUGUGACGGCACCUCUUGACCGCGAGCAGCAUGCAGGAUUCCAGCUACACUUGAGGGCCGCAUCAAGCGAUGGGCAAAUUUCGCAUUCCCUCUGGAUCGCUGUCACCGUCACGGAUCAGAACGACAAUGCCCCUCGCUUCCUCUGGCAGGACAUCACGGCACACGUGUUGCUCAGCGCCGCCCCUGGGACGCUGGUGGCAGUGGUGCAGGCGGAGGACGCGGAUGACCAGGAGACGCUGUACGGACAGGUCUCCCACACGCUCACGGCGCAGAGGCCCGGCUCCCCCGCCGCGCGCAUCUUCACCGUCAACAACACCUCGGGCGCCAUCCACACGCACCGCGCGCUGCCCAAAACGGAUGACGGCGUGUUCGUGCUGGAGGUGACGGCUCGAGAUUGUGGAGGAGCGGAGUUUGGGCGGUCGGACAAAGCCAUCGUGACAGUCAUCAUUGCUGACAGCAUCAGCACCGCCGCCGCUACCCUUAGCACAUCCGCGUCUCAGCCGCGCGUGCCUGAACCGGAAGAGGAUGAGUCCAUGGUGCUACUCGGCGUACAGGAGCCAAGUGACCUGGAGGCACCGGGCGGAGGGAUCGGAUGUCCAGUCUUCUCUCUGGACGCCAUCAACGUGGAGAUGCCCGAGGAGCUACCUCCAGGACAAAAACUACUCACCGUCCGCACGGCCGAGAAUAUUCAGAUCAUUGAGCUCAGGCUGGAGGGAGACCGCGCGGGCUGGCUAAGCGUUGACGCUGCGACGGGCGAAGUGGCGACGCGCGCAUCGCUGGACCGCGAGUCUCCCCACGUCGUCAACGACACCUACCUCGUCGCCGUCGUCGCCGUCACGCACGGUGCUUGCACGGCUUCGGUGGCGCUGCUGCUGCGGCUGGAGGAUGUGAAUGACCAUGCCCCCCAGCCGUCUCCUCCGCUGCUGCUGCUCUGCCAGGUGCUCGCCUAUGGCGACGCCACGCUGUCGGCCACGGACGCGGACGGCCCCAGCAACGGGGCGCCCUUCACCUUCCAUGUCCUCCCCACUAACGCCCACAGUGGUGGCGAUGGCUGGAUGGUCGCUCAGCCAAAUGGCUCCACGGCCGUGCUGGUGCCCCGCGUGCCGCGCCUCAGCCUGGGCGAGCGCUCGCUGCCCGUGUCCGUGUGCGACCGCCGCGGUCUCUGCCGCCAGACGAGCGUGGGCGUCGUCGUGCGCGCGUGCCACCCCCCCGCCGCCUCCGCAGUCGUCCUGCCCCUCGUGCUGGGCCUCGCAGCCCUCGUAGCCCUGGCGAUCGCCCUCGUGUGCUGUGCUCGCGUCAGAGCUCGAUCCAAGUCGACAAGAAUCUGACUUCUGCUGCAAGGACGCUCACAAUCGGCUUGGCUCGUCGCUACUGCUCGCACUGUUACUCAUAAUUACAUAAACCAGCAAUGGCCACAAUGCUCGGCAAAUUAUUGCCCCUUACUGUGAAAAGUUGGCAGGACCCUCCUGAAAAAGAGCCAUGACACUGACAAGUAAGUCUGUAAGGCUUUGCUGGGGAAAAAAACUAAUCUUUAUGUCACCAGGUAAGGUCUACCGAGCUAUCUCGCUCUUUUCAGAAGCGACCUGGCCACAAAUGAUAGUUCAACAAAGUAGCUUACAUUUACUGCAACCAAAUACUCUAAACAAGUGUGGUAACACUCACCGAUACGCCAGGGGUGCCGCGGUGACUGUAUGUUAACUCCCUCGCCUGGUAUGCAGGAGAUCGUGAGUUCGAUCCUGACCCUGACACCUGUAUAUUUGGAGAUUGCAAUUUGGUCGUGUGGAUUUUCCUCCGGGCCCUCCGGUUGUUCCCUCCAAAUUUGACAAUAUGCUUUUGAAGCAUUUGGCUGCGAUACAUUUCCACGUGAUAAGCCACUUCUUUGAGCUAUCAUUUGUGGCCAGGUCGCUUCUGAAAAAUAUCUAUAUAGCUCGGUGGGCCUUACCUGGUAAAAUAAAACAUUGUUAAAAAAUGCAAUGCUCACACAGCACUCACUAACCACUACAGUACUACCAUGAACAAAACACACAAACAUUAACCAAUGCCAACUCAUGUGAUAAACAUGACAGUAACAGUAACCCAAGGUUACUUCCAUACUCACCACUAACCACAUUCAUCAAUAACAAUGACUGAGAAUGACACAUAUAUAUAAGAGGUGACGUUUUGGGUAAUGGCCUUUCUUCAUAGCCCAUUGUGUACCACGGCCAAUGCAGUAUCACCACGUGAUUUGUACAAUGAACACAACACAGUAACCAAUACUAACGACCAUGAACACAACUAACCCUUACCAUAACGUUAACACUCGCAUGACAUCGUAAAUGAUAGAUUUACCUGUGCAAUUACAUUCCCCUUAACCCUAACCCUAAUGCAAUAACCUCAGCCAAACGAAGCUUUGACUUUCAAACAUUAACCGCUCACCAUCCUUAGCCCAUAAACCCAACACUAUUAUUGACCCUCUCACACGGUAACGUAUCAGGAUGCAUUUUUGCACAUUGUUUAUAGUUUUCGGAUUGUUCAUCAUUAUUAAUCAUUAGCACAACAGUACAACCCAUGCUUUGGAGGACAUGGGAGCGAUGCCUUCUGUAAGUGUUUUAGAAAUAACUACGUGAUUGGUAAAAAGAAAAAAUAUUUCUCCGAGACCCGUCAACUUCUCGAAAUCAUUUUGGGACGGGACAAUGUGUUGAUGGGAGUUGAUCAGUUAGGGCUGGGGUUCGUGCACUGCACUAUAAACCGGGCCCAUCCAAGUUCAAUUCCUGGUCACUGCUAUCAGUGGGGGUGAUGUCUGAAUCAGCCCAGGGUGGACUCCCAUGAUCAUUCUGCAUUAACCAGCGUGAUGAAGUAUGGUCAAACCCUGCACGAGUGACACGGCGUGUGGAGGCCUUUGUCCAGCAGUGGACUGACAAAUGACAGUGCAUUAUAUUUGUGCUAAUGUGUUGAUAAUUUUAAAUAAUCCCUUAUCUUAAGUAACUCACUGUAUUCAAUGUUUGCUAAUAUUUUAGACUUUUAAAAAAUCUAUUAGCACGGUAAGUGCGGUGAAAAAGAAGUUCAACAUACAUGCAUACGUUGUAACAAUUGAUAAGACUGACCAUAGCUCGUACCAAAAAUCAUUACAGUAGUACAAUUCUGACGCAAGGAGUCGAUCAGGCAAUACUGUCUGAAAAUCAAUAUAACUGUGAGGAACGCACUUUUGAACCAUGCAUGUGAAGGAUUGAGUGCUCGUUAUUGUUGCUAAACUGAAUGAAACCAAUUACUGUAUAGCAUUUAAGAAUUUUGAUUACAACGUAACAACACCUAAAGAAAUUGCAUAAACCGCAUUUCACGAAAAAAAAUGUUAUCGUCACCAAUGACCAUACAAUACUUAAAUUGUACAAGACAGUAUUACGAUAAUAGUGUAACAGGUGCACAAUUACCAAAGCAGGUAGUAUGGCUAACAACUUUGCUGAUGGUCCAUAAUAAAGACGAUACAUCUAUCCAAUUGCCAUAUGUGAUCGAUGGGGCACUUUGCACGAAUGAUACCAUUUGAAAUUAAACUCGUGUUCAGGUGCCUUAUAAACUAGCAUGAUGACAUUGAACUGGUGAACUUAAUACUGGACACCACCAACUACAGUGAUCUUCUCUUAUCCGUGUUGAUGUGGGGUUGAUAUUGGUGGAUCCUUAUAUCUGCAAAAAUAGACCGUGAUAUCUAUCCAGCUACCUACAUGCACACUGACACUGUAAUGGGAAUAGUUUGCUGUGUUUUUUUUCUCAAUAUCAUAGCAUACAAACAUAUUUAAACAACCAUUAUUUUCAGCCAGGUGAAAACUCAUUGAAAUUAAGAGUCUUCUUUUCGUAGGGGGUCUGUGCUUCACAGUACGAGAAAAGGGACAGCUCCUGGACCUGAUAUAAGAACUAGACGUCAUUGUCAAAGAAGCGGGAUAGGCACUGGAGCAGAUUUGUGGACUUUAAUGAAAUAUUUACCAUUAAAUUAAUUUGAUAUUUUCUUUUAAUUCAGAUCAUCCGACAGAUCCACAAUCAAUACCAAUUUUGGAAUUUAAAAAAGCAGGACAUCAUCUCUAAUACACACCUGAUUAACACGGUUGGCUAUGUACUGUGCAAAAUAAGUUCAACAAUACGCACGACUCAAUGCACGGCAUUGCGAGCUUUAUUAUAGAUGCUUACUGAGAUCGAUUGAUGCAAUGGUUCUCAAGGUUCCCGGAUUCGCGUGCCACUGUCACCCCUCGACAAAAAUGUCACGGAGCACCAUGCACCAGGCAGGUAUUAAUAAGAAAUGGGCCACUUCCCACUGCC